AUGAAAUUCAGUAAUGGUGUUCUUAGGAAUGCUCCAUAUCCACCAUAUCGAUUAAACCCUCCAGAUUUCACUAAAUACUGUCCCGUACGACCUAUUAACGAGGCAUUGGCUCCAUAUGUUAAUGAAACAUUACAAGCGUAUAAUAGACGAUCAAAAUAUGUUAAUAAACAUCAUUAUUACCAUAACAGGACUGUUUUAGUAAAAGAAUAUCUAACAAAGGACCCUCAUCCUGUAUCAUUAAAUCAAUUGUCUCAAUAUUAUGAUGAUUCGUCAAGAUUAACAAAACAAAAAAUUAUUAGUUCAGGAGUAUUCGUUAAAGAAGAACUUUCUAUACGAUUGGCUCAUCAAUUGAACAUGUUACAACAAUUACCUUAUAAUGUGGUUAAUAAUUUCCAUUUUAAUCAAGUUUAUGAAUCAUAUUACAAUAUGUUUGAAAGAAUAAGAAGAAUGCCAGGCAUAUUGACAAUAGAGGAGAAUGCUAUAUUUACAAGAAUGUUAAUUAAAAUAUUACAUGAUUUUAAUUCAUUAAAUUUACCCCAUUUGAUCAUGGGAGCACUAGAAUGUAUGAUCUUAGGGCUAUACCCUUCGAACAAAAUGGAUGAAUUAGUUUCAUAUUUAUUAAGAGCACGUAUCUCUAGAAGAAUUAUUGCAGAAGAACAUAUUUCUAUAACAGAGAAUUUUAGUAAAGGUAAGACUAAAAAUGCAACGAUCUUUGGAGAUAUCUUUCAAAAAUGUUCUGCAGAAUAUUAUCUGAAAAAGGCAGCUCUACAAGCACAAAGAUUUAUCGGUGACAUGUACUUCCCUACAAUUCCUAUGCCCGAAUUUAAGAUUGAAGGUGAUACUGAUUUAAGUUUUUAUUUUUUACCAAACCAUAUAACGUAUCUCUUGGGUGAAAUCUUGCGAAAUACAUAUGAAGCUACAAUAAAAGAAUAUAUUCGAAGUGGAUCAUCUAAACCGUCGCCUAUUACUGUCACGGUUAUAUCGAAUAAAGAUUUUAUUAUAUUCCGUAUAUCUGAUUUAGCAGGAGGUGUUCAUUUGGAUGAAAAUCAAUUAUGGUCAUUUGGUAAAUCUAAAGAAAAGGCCAAAAAAUCGUUAGAUAAUUUCCAUAAACUUCCUGGUUUGCAAACGAUUUCCAUUUAUGAUCAUUUAUAUGACAAAAAAUCUAUUUCUAGAAAAGAAUAUAAAAAAAUCCAAACCAAUUAUUAUUAUUCUUCAUUAACACCAAUGGGAUAUGUCAACCCUUGGCAUAAAGAUCAAAAUAGGUCUGAUAUAACCACUGAAGGUUUUAAUAUGAAUAGACCAUUACUUGGAUUGUUUGAAAGAUCAUUUAGAUAUAAAUUGGGGAUUGGUUUGGCAAUGUGUAAAGUGUAUGCGGAUUAUUGGAAUGGCGAUGUUCAAUUACAUUCUAUGGAAGGGUAUGGUACAGAUACUGUAUUGAAAUUAAGACAUUUAACAAAUUAUUCCAAUGUACCUCAAUUAGAUAAGUUGUGA